AUGCCCCCUAAGAAGGAGCCCGUCAUCAGUGCCUUUGAGCGGAAGCGUUUGGAGAACAUUGCGGCGAACAAUGCGAUCCUCAGUGGGAUAUCAGCGACGGCUGAUAAGAUCAUUCCUUCGAAAGCGAUACCCACGAAAACCAAGGCGAAAAAAUCUACGCCACGUAAACGCGAACCGACCAAAGUCGCCCACCAGCCCGCCACAAGAAGAAGCACGCGCUUAGCUGGUGUCGACGCUGACAACGACACCCUCAAGCGCAAGUUUGAGGUCGAGGUCGAGGCCGCGGCUGAGAAGGCGAAAGCCAAGAAGCUCCGAGUCAACGGAGACUUGCAGCUAGGAGACAUUUCGGUAGAGGGGCGCAAAUGGGAAGGCGGUGUUGACGGACUCGGGCUGCUCAAGGGCUUGUCAGUUCGCGGUGCCCAACCUGGUGUCAAAACCUUUGACGAAGACGAUGUCGAGGAAACUUCAGAUGAGAAUCUCAAGGAGCUGAGACUGCGCAUGCGCAAUCUCAAGAUGUACGAUAAAUGGCCAGUUGCCGACAUUAAGAUUGUUCCGCAGCGCAUCUACUCAAUGGGCUUCCAUCCAACAGAGGACAAACCGAUCAUCUUUGCCGGCGAUAAGGAAGGGGCCAUGGGUAUCUUCGAUGCGUCCCAAGAGCCGAUCAAGACCGAAGAUGACGAAGACGAAGAAAGCUACUCUGACCCCGUGAUAUCAGCAUUCAAGACGCACGCUCGCACCAUUACCUCUUUUCAAUUUUCCUCCGUCGAUGCCAAUGCCGUCUACACAUCCUCUUACGAUUCCUCCAUCCGCAAGCUCGACUUGGACAAGGGGGUAUCCACUCAGGUUUUUGCCCCGGUCGAUGCAGGCGUGGAGCUUCCCAUCAGUGCAAUGGACAUACCAUCGACGGACCCAAACACGAUUGUAUUCUCGACACUAAAUGGUCAGCUUGGACGCCAUGACAUCCGGACCAAGCCGGCGGAUGCUGAGAUCUGGCAUCUCGUGGAUCCUAAAAUCGGAGGGUUUUCUUUACAUCCUCUACAGCCUCACCUUGUGGCUGCCGCAUCGCUCGACCGCACUUUAAAGAUCUGGGACUUGCGGAAAAUACAAGGGACGGGGGAUAUGCGGAAGCCCGUCUUGCUGGGAGAGCAUGAGUCCCGCUUGUCUGUCUCACAUGCUAGCUGGAGCAGCGCCGGCCAUAUCGCGACGUCUAGCUACGAUGAUACCAUCAAGAUCUACUCUUUCCCUGAUGCGGGCUCCUGGAAAGCAGGCGUCGAGCUUAUUGACGACCAGAUGGAACCAGUGCACAAGAUUGCCCAUAACAACCAAACUGGACGCUGGGUAACCAUCUUGAAGCCUCAGUGGCAGAAGAGCCCAUUUGACGGGAUUCAAAAGUUCGCCAUUGGCAACAUGAACCGGUUCGUGGACAUUUAUGCGGCGAACGGAGAGCAACUGGCACAGCUGGACGGCGAUGGCAUCACGGCUGUGCCGGCUGUAGCGCAUUUUCACCCUACAUUGGAAUGGGUUGCCGGCGGUAAUGCCAGCGGCAAGCUGUGCCUGUGGAUGUAG